CUUGAGCAUGUUGACAUUCAACAUGGCGGCAUGUCGUCAGUGCUGUGCUGUGUCGUGCUUGUGUAACUAAGAAACUCAAAAUUUAGAUUAGAAAAUUGAACGUAACCCGAGUUGUAAUUCAGCGCAAACCACUGGCCUUUGAAACAAUUCCUUCAAAUAAUCAACUGCAAAACGAUUCACCAAUUUGUACUACGAAAGAGCAACGGAAGACACAAGGCAACCAAAAACACAAAGUUUAACCAGUUCGUCAACACAUCGUUCGGGCGGCGAGAGAUUUUAAAGAGGAUUCAAGAGGAAAUUGCGCGACAUUGUGAUGAGAGUAUAUGGCACAAUCCAGACCCAGCACGCAUUGAAGACAUCUGAUGAUUUUUAGUUCAACCAUUUCAGUUUCCAUUUCUACGCAACUCGGUGUCGACUGUCGUAGCUGUUUUUACUUCAUUCAAGUCACCACAUCCCCCAACGUUGAUUUCGAUUCUUCGCUAAAUGCAAACGUCACUCGCGGAAAUCAUCCUAAAUGCAAACAAACGAAAAAAAGAUUUAACCAGGCAAGCAAAGAAAUUAACACAUUUAACAAAUCAACAAGUUGCAAACAAAACAACAACACACAAACGGCGUUUCCAGUAAGUUCGAAAAAUUAACUAUAUUAAUCAAGCAGAGUUAAACACGUUCGAAAAAAGUUAAAUAAUUUAAUUUGUUGCAUAACAUAAAAACAAAGAAGAAAAACAAAACGUAAACCAAUUGUGAGGACGAGUUUGCGGCAUUGCUCGCAGACGAAUGUUUUCGACCGCGAUUUGAUGCAUUCAUUAACCAAUUAACUAAUUGCUGUUGCGGUGCACAGCUGCCAUAUUGACUAUUAUAAAAAAACAAAACUAUUGUAACAAAGUUAAAAAGCAACAUAAUUUUGUGUGGUACGCUCUUUUGGCCGCCGCCGCAAACGAAGCGAAGCAGGAGGGGGUUUGAGGAGGAGAGAAAGGGGAAAGGUACCAUAACCAUUCUGUGAUAUUCACUUAACUUAAGAAAAACAAAAAACGACGCAACCAAUAAUUCAACAAACAAACAUACAAAACACACAACGUUCAGACUGAAGCAGCAGAACCAUCGCCGGUGCGGGAAUUUCUAGGACUAUGUCCACGAAUCCCCAGUGGAAGACCUUCCAGCCGCCGGACACCAUGAAUCAGGACUCUGCCAUCAUCGACUUUAAACCAAUGACUGGUAAAAAUCAAGCAUUCAAACACUCGAUCACCUCGAACAACACGCGUUCGUGGUACGGACAGGAGUUCCCCGUGCUGGGGGAUAGCAAGCCGGCGUCGACGUACAACGGCGGCAGCAACAAUCUAUUUGGUUCGGCGAGCGCCACUAGUACUAGUCGCUUCCCGACUAUUGGCACUUUCUCGCUGGACAGCAACAACACGUAUAACAGCGCCGGUGAUUCACCGCCGAUCUUUUCCAAUGGCAACAGCAGCGCGUCCAGUUACAAUGACUCCAACUCGGCGAAUCAAGGCACGCGGGAGACGGGUAUCAUCGAAAAACUACUGCACUCGUACGGAUUUAUCCAGUGUUGUGAGCGGCAGGCGCGUCUAUUCUUUCACUUCAGUCAGUUUACCGGCAACAUAGAACAUCUGAAGAUUGGCGAUCCUGUUGAGUUUGAAAUGACUUACGACCGACGCACCGGGAAGCCAAUUGCCAGCGCUGUGACGAAAAUUGCACCCGAAGUCGUGAUGAGUGAGGAACGUGUUACUGGCACGGUGACCACCGAGAUACGCGGUGAAGGCUCUAGUGGCGAUAAUCAGGGCCGGAUUAGUUAUGAGAACCGCGGCGAGUGCUUUUUUCCCUACACCAAAGAUGAUGUUGAGGGCAACGUCACACUGCGUUCCGGUGAUAAAGUCAGCUUUCAAAUUGCCACCAAUCAUCGUGGAAAUUUGGGCGCUUGCCAUGUCCGCUUGGAGAAUCCAGCGCAUCCAGUCAAGUAUCAGGGCGUCGUGUGCUCAAUGAAGGAGAGUUUUGGUUUCAUCGAACGCGCCGACGUUGUCAAGGAGAUAUUUUUCCACUUCUCAGAGGCCAAAAUAAAAGAAGAACUCAGGUUGGGCGAUGAUGUCGAAUUUAUUAUACAAACUAGAAACGUGAGGAAAGAAGUAGCAUGCAACAUAACACGCUUACCAACCGGCACGGUGAUUUUUGAAGACCUAAAACCCGAAAUAAUGCGUGGCCAGGUUCUGAAACCGCUCGACCGCGGCACGAAUCUGCGCCAUCAGACCGACGCACUGCCUGGACGCAUUAGAUACCGCGCUCCGGACCACUCAGAGGUAGAAAUUUCAUUCGGCGAUAAAGACCAACGCGGUGAUUUUACUCUGCGGCAUGGUGAUUGGGUUGAGUUUAAGAUCGCCACUGAUCGCCGUGAUCAACUUAACAGAGCCACGAAUAUCUCGCUGCUGGAUGAGAGUUUUGUGGUGUCAGGCGAGAAGCGUGAACAGGGUGUAAUUGCCUCUGUCAAGGACGGUUUUGGUUUCCUCAAGUGUGCCGAACGCGACCCCAGACUCUUCUUCCACUUCAACGAGGUGCUCGACGUUGAACGUGAGAUACGCGUCGGUGAAGAGUAUGAGUUUACCGUCAUUCAAGAUCAGUCGAGCACAUACUCCAACAAUCGCCAGAGCGCCAUCCGAAUGAAACCGUUGCCGGCUGGCACCGUGCAGUUUGAGACGCGCAUUGAGAGUAAUCUCACUGGCUCCGUAACGAAGGACAUCCCGAGCAGCUGGGCGAGUCGCAGUCCCACCAAAACGAGCAACGGGGAGGCGCCGCAUGCUGAGUCGGGAAUCAUUACCUAUACAUUCAACGGCGCCAAGAAAACCGUGGCAUUUUAUUCCAAAGACUGCGAGAAACAAUUUCCGCGCCUUGGCGAUAAAGUGCAGUUUAGUAUCAAUCUUGUAAAGCGCACCAAAGAGCUGAUUGCUGUCGAGCUGCAGGUGGUGCAGCAGGCAAUCGGCGCGCAAACGAACGGUAUAACAAAGCAUGCGACACCACGCGCGAACAACUCGCAAUUGUAUCAAGGAUUUGUCGCUGCGCUCAAGGACGGUUUCGGUUUCAUCGAGACUGUCGAUCAUGACCGCGAAGUGUUCUUCCACUUCUCCAACUUUGACGGCGACACGAACAACUUGGAGCUGGGGCAGGAAGUGGAGUACAACCUGGGCACACGUGGUAAUUCCGGCACAUGUUCAUCUGCCGAAAAUGUGAAAGUUAUUGCGAAGGGUACAAUUGUCUUACCAAAAGUCACCGAUGAAGUAUUGGAGGGUGUUGUGGUGCGUCCGCUGCGCUCGGUGAAUCCUGAUCAGAACGAGUACUCGGGCCUGAUACGUAUUAAACCGGACGACGAGGAUAAGGAUCAGGAUAGCGAGGAGGAACCGAUGGAGUUUGAAUUUGGUAUCAUGGGCUUGCUGAAUAAACGCGAGCUGUUGCAAGUUGGCGAUGCUGUUCAACUGCAAGUAGAUUCCACCGGUCGUGCCGCAAAUAUCAUCGCAGUACGCAAGAAACUCCGCGCCACUGUCGAUGCCAUCAAGGGACAGUUCGGUUUCUUGGCGUACGAGGUCGAAGAGGGCAAGAAACUGUUCUUUCAUAUGUCUGAGGUCAAAGACAAUGUCAAUCUUCAAAUCGGUGAUCAGGUCGAAUUUGUGUUAGUUACGAAUCAACGGAGUGGAAAGUCUUCUGCGUGUAAUGUUGUUAAAGUGAGUGAUGUCCAAGCCCGCCCAGAGCGCCUGAUUAGUCGUCUACGUACAAUCUCGAUGGAGGAGUCCGGCCCGAAACUACACGUCAUGCGACAGCCGAAGGGGCCGGAUGGAUCGAAAGGGUUCGCACUCGACGCGCGUUCACUGCGACUGCCCGGCACGAUAACCGAAUAAAAGGGGGCAAUGUAAACGUACAGGCAAAACAAACGUUUUAAAUAAACGAAAACCAGUUUCAAUACCAGUAAGUAUCAAUUCGCAGCAAACGAAUAACAAAAGCGUCCUACGAAAAACAACAGCAAUUUAACUUAAAACAAAAAGAUUUAACACACACAUACACAAAACAACAAAAAAAAAACUACAACGGUGUUUGAGUUCGUUCUGUUUCUGUUUACACAAAUAGUCGUAGAUAAGUGAUGAUGUUAAAGACAAACAAAAAAAAAAGUAACGCUUAAAUAAAAUUACUAAAACAACCACCAAGAAGAGCAAAAACAAAUACGAGAAACACUUGCUUUGUUGAUUGAUUGGAAACCAAAAAAUUCAGAGACAAAAAUCAUUGAUUCAAUGAACGCAAAGAAACAACAUUGACAAAUAUGCAUACAAUGAAUUUAAUUAAAAUUAAAUUAGGAUUAUACAAAUUAAGGUAUUAGCGAUAUAUGAAUUAUAGAGAAGACUGCAUCGAUAAGUGAACUAAACAUGUAAAUGAAGAAGAAGAAGAAGCAAACGCUAAAAAAAGUACAUGGGAAAGAAACCUAAACCAAAAAAAGAAAUGAAAAAAAAAAAUUAAAUAAAUAAAAUGCGCCCCGUUGACAAGUUGUUUCAUCGAUUUGUCGAUGAGUUAGAAACACGUUUUUGCUAACAGUCAUUUUGAUUUUGAUACAAACUUGUGUUAUGUGUGCAGUACCCGCAAUUAUCUCUAUAAUCGCUCGCAACUGAUACGAAUUCUCAAAAGUUUUUGGUCGAGUACGGAACGUGAACCUCAGAAAAAACGUUGAAAUUCUUUCGUGGAAACAAAUGUGUAGAUAGACUUGUAUGUAAAAUGUUUGUAAAUUGAUUUGCAACUGUUCUGUGAUAGCUAUCCCCAGUUUUACGAAGCGAGAAAUGAAUUGAACAAAAUUAACAUUAUUUUGGAAACAAAAUGGCCAAGAAAUUUUUCGAUUGCGUUUGCGUUUAAAUUGAUGACUGUUUUUGAGUUUCAUCGCGACGUUUUUCUAGGAAAAUGUUUAGUAAUAUUUGUAUGUUAGUAUAGUGAUAUGUCCAGCUAGACAACUCGAGACAAAAAACAAAAAGACAAAAAAAAUAUGAUUCAAAAGAAGCCAUCAGUACAUCAUGUUAGCGAUAGAAAACACAAACCGAACAUUGUAUGAUUCCGAUGAAUGAAUUGAACGAACGCAUGACACAAGCGUGAGAAAAUGCAUCGAAUCUUAAUUCAUUAGUCUUUACUUUGUCACGUUUUGAUGCAUUUACUCACUCGGUUGCAACCCAAAAUCACCAAAUAAGAAAUUCGUAGAGUACAAACAUUUUUACUUUUUUAUGGAUAUUAAUUAAGGGCCAGUAAUUUUAAUCUGCUUGCAAUGUAAACGAUAUUAACGAAAAAAGCUACCCAUUCGGUCACUCAUCAAACGUCAAACAAAUGCAUGAUCAAACUUUGAAACUUGUAAAAAGUUUAGGAAAUUAGGACGACUUUAAAACUCCUCCCUCCCCUUUUCUCUCUUCCCCAUCUAUUAAGAAUCGAUUAGUAUUUAUUUUCAUUUUUAGAAUGCGAAUUUUUUUGUUUUAAUUAAUUUUUGUAUUUAAUUACUCUCCUCUUCAUCCUCGCGCGUUUCUACAUUUGUAAAGAUUUUUUGUGGGUACUGCGAUGCAGUUAAAACGACUCGAACGAUUACAAAGCAAAUUCAAUACGAAACCAAGUAAAAUGAAGCGAAACUAAACCUGGAGGAACAUACGAUUCAUGUGGAUUAUCUUUCUUAUUGUAAAUUCUUUUUUAUUUCGAAGGAAAAUAAAUAUAAGUGAAUAUUACCUACCAAUAAACAACCAAAAUUUGAAAACGAA